AUGACGAACCCAACAGAACACACCUUGCCGGCCAACUCGAUUCUUGAGAGCCGUGAAGGGGAGUUUGGCUGCACAGUGAUGGACCUGAGGAAGCUGAUGGAGCUCCGUUCAAGUGAUGCAAUAGACCAGAUCAACGUCCACUACGGGGGAGUGAUGAAUCUCUGCAGUAGACUGAAAACCAACCCUGUGGAAGGCCUAUCUGGGAACCCUGCAGAUCUGGAGAAACGUAAACAAGUGUUUGGACAAAACUUGAUUCCCCCCAAAAAGCCCAAGACCUUCUUAGAGUUAGUGUGGGAAGCCCUUCAGGACGUCACGCUCAUCAUCCUGGAGAUCGCGGCCAUCAUCUCCCUGGUCCUGUCCUUCUACCGCCCCCCGGGGGGAGAAAAUGAACAGUGUGGUCUAGCCGUCAGCAGCCCAGAGGACGAAGGGGAGGCGGAAGCUGGCUGGAUUGAGGGCGCAGCCAUCUUAUUCUCGGUGAUCAUCGUCGUGCUCGUGACUGCCUUCAAUGACUGGAGCAAGGAGAAGCAAUUCCGGGGGCUGCAGAACCGCAUCGAAAAGGAGCAGAAAUUCUCCGUUAUCCGGAAUGGCCACAUCAUCCAGCUCCCUGUGGCUGAGAUUGUGGUGGGUGACAUUGCCCAAAUCAAAUACGGUGACCUGCUGCCUGCAGAUGGGAUCCUGAUCCAGGGCAACGAUCUCAAGAUUGACGAGAGUUCUCUGACUGGGGAGUCGGACCAUGUCAAGAAAUCCUUGGAAAGGGACCCCAUGCUGCUCUCAGGGACCCAUGUAAUGGAAGGUUCUGGACGAAUGGUAGUGACUGCUGUGGGUAUCAACUCUCAGACUGGAAUCAUUUUUACCCUCUUGGGAGCCAGUGAAGGGGAAGAGGAAGAGAAGAAAAAGAAAGGUAAAAAACAAGGAGUCCCUGAAAAUCGCAACAAAGCAAAGACCCAAGAUGGAGUGGCCUUGGAAAUCCAGCCACUCAACAGCCAGGAGGGGAUCGACAGUGAGGAAAAAGAGAAGAAGACCGCCAAGCUGCCCAAAAAGGAGAAGUCCGUGCUGCAGGGCAAGCUGACUCGCCUGGCCGUCCAGAUUGGGAAAGCUGGUCUGAUCAUGUCUGCAAUCACAGUUCUCAUCCUGAUUCUGUACUUCGUGAUCGACAACUUUGUGAUCCAGGGCAGACCAUGGCUGGCCGAGUGUACCCCCAUCUACAUCCAGUACUUUGUCAAGUUCUUCAUCAUUGGCGUCACAGUGCUGGUAGUGGCUGUGCCCGAGGGGCUGCCCCUGGCCGUCACCAUCUCACUGGCUUACUCUGUGAAGAAAAUGAUGAAAGACAAUAAUCUGGUGCGGCACUUGGAUGCUUGUGAAACCAUGGGCAAUGCCACAGCCAUUUGCUCUGAUAAGACGGGCACGCUGACCAUGAACCGCAUGACCGUGGUGCAGGCCUAUGUUGGAGACACUCGUUACCAUCAGAUCCCAAACCCUGAGGACCUUGUGCCCAAGGUCCUGGACCUGAUUGUCAAUGGUAUUUCCAUCAACAGUGCCUACACCUCUAAGAUUCUGCCUCCCGAGAAGGAGGGCGGCCUGCCCCGGCAGGUGGGGAACAAGACCGAGUGCGCCCUGCUGGGCUUCGUGGCGGACCUGAAGCAGGAUUACCACGCCGUGCGCAGCGAGGUGCCGGAGGAGAAGCUCUGCAAGGUGUACACCUUCAACUCGGCGCGCAAGUCCAUGAGCACGGUCGUUGAGAGGCCGGGCGGCGGCUUCCGCAUGUACAGCAAGGGCGCCUCCGAGAUCAUCCUGCGCAAGUGUAAUCGAAUCCUGGACAAAAAGGGGGAGGCAGUGCCAUUCAAGAAUAAGGACCGAGAUGAGAUGGUCCGCACCGUCAUUGAGCCCAUGGCCUGUGAGGGACUGCGGACUCUCUGCAUCGCUUACCGGGAUUUCAAUGAUGGAGAGCCCCCAUGGGACAAUGAGAGCGAGAUCCUCACUGAACUGACCUGUAUCGCAGUGGUGGGCAUCGAGGACCCUGUCCGCCCGGAGGUGCCAGAAGCUAUUGCCAAAUGCAAACGAGCUGGCAUCACUGUCAGGAUGGUGACGGGGGACAACAUCAACACAGCCCGUGCCAUCGCCACCAAGUGUGGCAUCGUGACACCUGGGGACGACUUUCUGUGCUUAGAAGGCAAAGAAUUCAAUCGCCUCAUCCGAAAUGAGAAGGGCGAGGUAGAGCAGGAAAAGCUGGACAAGAUCUGGCCUAAGCUCCGAGUGCUGGCGCGGUCUUCCCCCACUGACAAGCACACGCUGGUGAAAGGCAUCAUUGACAGCACUGUCGGCGACCAGCGGCAGGUGGUGGCUGUCACCGGUGACGGCACCAAUGACGGGCCAGCUCUGAAGAAGGCAGAUGUUGGUUUUGCCAUGGGUAUUGCAGGCACAGAUGUGGCAAAGGAGGCCUCUGACAUCAUCCUAACAGAUGACAACUUCACCAGCAUCGUGAAGGCGGUGAUGUGGGGACGGAAUGUCUAUGACAGCAUCUCCAAGUUCCUGCAGUUCCAGCUCACCGUCAACGUGGUGGCCGUAAUCGUGGCCUUCACUGGAGCCUGCAUCACUCAGGAUUCCCCACUGAAGGCCGUGCAGAUGUUGUGGGUUAAUCUAAUCAUGGACACCUUUGCCUCGCUGGCCCUGGCCACAGAGCCUCCUACAGACUCUCUGCUGAAGCGUCGGCCCUACGGCCGCAAUAAGCCUCUGAUCUCGCGCACCAUGAUGAAGAACAUCCUGGGUCACGCCGUCUAUCAGCUCACUGUCAUCUUUUUCCUCGUUUUUGCUGGUGAGAAAUUCUUUGACAUUGACAGCGGGAGGAGAGCGCCUCUGCAUUCUCCGCCCAGCCAGCACUACACCAUUAUUUUCAACACCUUCGUGCUCAUGCAGCUCUUCAACGAAAUCAAUUCCCGCAAGAUCCACGGAGAGAGGAAUGUCUUCUCAGGCAUCUUCCGCAAUCUCAUCUUCUGCUCAGUGGUGUUGGGCACAUUCAUCAGCCAGAUUAUCAUCGUGGAAUUUGGGGGCAAACCCUUCAGUUGUACGAAGCUCACCCUGUCCCAGUGGUUCUGGUGUCUCUUCAUUGGUAUUGGAGAGCUGUUGUGGGGCCAGGUCAUUUCCACGAUACCUACCCAAUCCCUGAAGUUCCUGAAGGAGGCUGGACAUGGCACCACCAAAGAGGAGAUCACCAAGGAUGCCGAGGGGCUGGACGAGAUUGACCACGCAGAGAUGGAGCUGCGCAGAGGCCAGAUCCUCUGGUUCCGGGGCCUGAACCGUAUCCAGACUCAGAUCAAAGUGGUCAAAGCGUUCCAUAGUUCCCUCCACGAAAGCAUUCAGAAACCCAGGAACCAAAACUCCAUCCACAACUUCAUGACCCACCCUGAAUUCACCAUAGAUGAGGAGGGGCCGCGAACACCACUCCUGGAUGAGCAAGAAGAGGAAAUUUUUGAAAAGGUGUCUAAGCCUGGGACUAAGAUGCCCUCACCGGAUGGUGAGGUCACUCCACAAACCAACAGGAACAACAAUUCGGUGGAUUGCUGCCAAGUACAAAUUGUUGCUUCCCACUCGGACAGCCCUCUACACAGCCUGGAGACGUCAGUUUGA